AAACGACCAUUUAUCCUGAAAUUUUACAAUGUAACCUGUACGAACUAUGAUGACCUGAUAAAGAAAUAUGAAUGCAAUAUAAAAAUGCUAUCCACCAGUCGCUAUGCUUACAACAUGUUGAUAGAAUUUAAUCGUGAUUUUCCUAUUUCUACCAAUAUUCGAUUAAUGGCCAUGUAUUACGGAAAGCCGAAUAGUAAAGCUGUCAAACUUUUUGAUGUCAAAUUCAAUUGGUGUGACAUGCUGCAACACACUGUCGCUGUGCCGGUGAUAAAGUCAAUCCUGGUGGAAAUGACACGAUCCAGUAAUUUUCCACUCACGUGCCCGUUGAAAGCGAAUUAUACCUAUACAAUUGAAAAUUUCAUUAUAACCGAAGAAAUGCUUCCUCCAUAUGCUGGCACAUGUAAUUUUAGCUAUUACAUGGAAUUUAUUACUAAACAAGGAAAGCUUAUAUCAAGAAUCGAUUUUAAAGGCAGUGCAGAGCUGAUACCGAAGGGAAGAAAAUCAUAAGCAUUUUCGUUAAUGGCGCAAAGUACUUCAGUUUGAUUCUAAUUCGGUGAGGGGAAAAUUGUAAUAACUUGAAGGGGCGAUCG